AUGAGGCGCGUGCGGCUGCAGCUUCACCUGUCGCUCACUGUUUGCAUUUUACUGUGGAGUUCCGCAGGAGCGCUGCGUGUCAACAAAGUGACCCCAAAUUACGGAAGCCUCAAUGGCGGAACGAGACUGACCAUAGAGGGUCAAGGUUUUGCUCAAGCCAGUCAGUUUAAUCUAAAUGCCAAUGACCCAAAAUUUGGCAACACUGUGACCCUGGUGUCCCGCACCAGAUCUGUUCCCUGUGACGUCGAGAGAGACUCCACUCACUCCACUCAGAUCACCUGUUAUACAAGAGCUCUGCCAGAGGAUGACUAUGAGGUGCGGGUCAGCGUGGACGGCAUGCCAAUUCCUUUAAGUCGCAUUUGUAAUGGAUACCAGUGGUAUUACUGGUGCAUGUUCUAUCCCCGUAUAUUCCGUACACCCAGCAUUCAAAGUAUCCGUCCGCUCUCAGGCCCCCCUGGGACUGUGGUGACACUGCGGGGAAGAAUCUAUACUGACGUGUAUGGAAGCAGCACGGACAAAAGUUCCAGUGGCAUGGAUGUGAGAUUUUUAAGAGCGUACAUGGGAGGGAUGCCUUGUGAACUUCUGAAACCCAAUUCAGAUGAAAAGUAUGGCCUCUAUUUGGAUUCUGAUAACAGCCAAUGGGGAUAUAUGAGAUGUAAAAUGACUGGAACAUAUGUUGGGCAUCACAACCUCAGUUACAUUCUCAACAGUGAUUUUGGGAGGAGCUUGCCAGACUUCGGGGUUUUCAGCAUAUCAGCACUAAACAAACUUGCCAUGUUCCAAACAUAUGCAGAGGUGACAGGAGUUUCUCCCUCUGAGGGCAGUGUAUUUAUAUAUAUAUAUAUAUAUAUAUAUAUAAUGAAUUUAUUUAAAAUUAAUCUUUUAAUGUUUUUUUUUCCCUUAGGUCGUGAGUGUCAGGUUCAGAGCAUAUCAAAUGAGAGGAUUAUCUGCAUAACUCCUAGUUAUGAAAGAACCAAUAUGACAGUGUUUCCUGGUGGCAGAGGAUUUAAAAUGGAGAUGUGGAACAACUCCAGUCCGAACCUUCUAGAGGAUGUCCUGAGUUAUAAUUCCAGUAGGUCUGGAUAUUCCGUCCAGUGGGUGGAUUCGCUGUCCUAUGUUUGGCCCGCUGAAAUUGAUAACUUUGUGAUACGACUGAGUGGGUUCUUUGUUCCGAUGGAGACCGACAACUACCAUUUCCGAAUCAAAGCCGUCGAUCGGUGCCAGUUAUAUUUCAGCAAGACAGGUCUUCCCAAGGAUAAGGUCAAGAUUGCACAUCACUCUUCCUAUACAAGCAGUUUCUUCAGCUAUAACACCCAAAGGUCGGAGGUCAUGCGCUUGGAGAAGGGAAAACCGUACUACAUUGAGAUUUUAGUGCAAGAGUAUGCAGGAGCAGCAUCAGUGGAUGUGGCCUUUUUCAAAGAGAUCAGCCCUUUCACGGCCCAGCAGACAACAGAAUCUGUUAAUGAGAAACAGCAGAUUAAUGCAUACUAUGAUAUACUACCUGAAGAACAGGUGGUUCGUUUCGAGGGAUGGACACCAAUAACCCCCGUUAAUGAGGUGCAGACUUUGAGAAUCAGCAGCAACUGCUUCUCUCUGAGCAACUGCGAAUACACAUACUACUUCCUAGCAUAUGGAGGUCUUACAACAGGGCCGAUCCCAGUUAGUGCUUCAGCGAUGGAGUUGCAGAACGCUCUGAAUGAUUUGUGGACGAUUAAACCAGACAGUGUUACAGUCACAAAGCAAGAACUGGACACUGAGGCACUGUACAACGUGACAUUCAACUCUAACAGAGGUAACUUUGAGGAUCUUGAAUACUUUAUCAUGGACUCAGAUAUGAACAUUACAGUUAGUGAGGAUGUGAAAGGGCAGGCCAGCUUGGAGAAAUUCACACUGCUGUGGGGUGGAGUUCCAUCCCUCCCUCUGCCUUUCAAUGCUUCUGAAACUGAGGUGCGUUCGGCACUAGAUGUGAUGGUCACCGCUAAAUGUCCAGCAGAGAUUCCAACCAUGGAGAACACUAAUGUGAAAUUGUUCCGAGAUUAUGAGACCUCCACCACAGGGUUUUCAGGUUAUCUAAGCCGUAGAGGGGUCCGGGUCACUGAUUCAGAGGCUUUCUGUGGCCGCUGGUCGCUGAAGAACCCAGAGAUUCUGUUCAAUGCCAAUGACAUUACAGCGUCAGGAACAAUCUACAGCCCAAUAGCACUUCAAACGUACAACACUCUCUGCUUAGCCUACAAAGGGCGUCUGGUGAAUGAAUUGGGAAUUUUGUUCAGCUACCAGGGGAAUACUUACCGGGAGGAGAACAUACGUAUCUCUGUGCCGUUUGAUUCAACGGAUGAGUGGAACUACAAGUGUGUGGAUCUCCUGGGCUCCAUACAGACAAACUACAUAGGCUCCAACUACAAUCUUCUUCAGUUCAGUGUGUAUGGAGUGGCCGCUAACUCCGUUUACUUCAUAGACGCUGUUCACCUUGGACGUGAAGUGACUGCUUUGGAUUCUAAUGUUAUAAUCCAUAGAAGAAGGCCACCUGCUCUAGCCAGUUCAGGACAUUUCUUUUCAAACAUCUUUGUUAGAAAACAAGCAAAUGCUUCACAAGUCAGCUAUGAGAUCACAGCCACACCUUACAACUGUGGCUUUGGUGUCCCACUGUUUGAAAUAGGCUUUCUGGAGAAGAUGCCAGACAGCACAGGGGACCGACUGAUUCAAAGCCAAGGGAACGCUACCGUCACCAUUACGCGCCCUCAAAAAGUCAGCCCACCUCUUACAGGAACAUUUGACGUUGAGUUCUUUGGCCGACGUGUUGAAGGCUUGGCAGUAGACAUCAGCGCUGCGGACCUGCAAUACUCACUGCAGGGGAUCCCAGAGCUUGGCCAGCUGCAGGUGCAGAGAUCUGGAGACUGUAGGGGCUACAGCUGGUACAUCCAGUGGCUCACCAUCCCUGGAAAUCAGCCUCUGUUAAAGAUCAAUGCUUCCAAUGUGGUUGGUGUGAACCCUUCAGUGACAUCACGCAAGAUUGAGCAAGGAAGCCUCUUCAAACAGAGAAUUAUGGGAGACUUUCUGCGUGUGCCUACAAAUAAACCACAGGUGGAAGUUUUCAUCAAUGGUAUCCCAUCAUGGUGUUCAGGGGAUUGUGGUUUCACCUGGAGUCCGUCAAAGACCCCAACAGUGACUGGGAUCUCUCCUACGCAAGGAUCCAGCGGUCUGGGAACAGUUCUUACCAUAACUGUAUCUGGUUUUGAUGGUGGAAAUGUCACUGUAAAGACUGGAGAUGUGGAAUGCUCUGUUCUACAGGUUACCAAUUCUUCUAUAACCUGCCAGGUCGGUCCCGUAAGUGCAGGUGUACAGCCAGUCUCUCUGAGUUUCUCUGUGCUGGGAAAUGCCCAAUACCAGAAUGACAACAGCUUUAACUUCACCCAUCUGUUAGGAGUGACCUCCAUAAACCCCACAACAGGAAGUGUGGCAGGAGGGACGAUUCUGACCGUGUCUGGCUAUGGAUUCAGUAAUGAUACCACAGUCACCAUUGGCACUCAGCCAUGUAACGUUAUAGAAGUGGAACUUUCCCAGCUGAGAUGUAUAGUUCCAGCUGGGUCAGAAGGUGAACAGAGAGUAACACUUACCAUGGCAGAGAUGACAGAAGUAUCAAAUGGCUUUUUCACAUACAGCAACAAUUUGACCACCUCAAUCACAUCUGUGAGCCCACAAACUACAACAGUAUUUGGACACAGGAUUCUCACCAUCUUGGGCACAAAUUUUGAGGUGCAGUCUAAUGGCAGCUCUGUUUUGAUUGGUGAGGCUGAGUGUGAAUUGCUGCAGUGGACUAAUGAAAACAUCACCUGCCUGUUACCCACACUCCCCCCAGCUGAGUACAAUGUCCACGUGAGAGUCAGAAACCAGGGUUACCCCUUAACCAGUGCUGGCGUUAAAACCACUAUAGAGUAUGUUCUAGAGGUGACUGGUGUCUCUCCAUCUCUGGGGUCUUUGUAUGGAGGAACCACCAUCACUAUCUCCGGGUCUGGGUUCAGCCCUGUCGCAGCAGAUAACAAUGUCACUCUGGGAGACAGACAAUGCCGAGUGACAGCCACUUCAGAUCAUCACCUGGAGUGUGUGACCCAGUCUAGAGAUAAAACGUACACUGUGACUAACCAAGGUUUCCACCCCGUGUACGGUCAGGGUUACGCCUGGAGCCCCUCUGCAUUAAUAGCCUCAGUGGGGGAUACAGUGGUUUGGCUCUGGGACGCACCAGCUUUUGUGUCCGGUCUGGGCUACAGGGUCUUCAGUGUGUCCAGUCCAAGCAGCACAGACUAUGAUGGCAUUGCUUUCAGCAGUGGAGACACCCAAACUGCCAAAGGGUUUUUUGCCUAUCGUUUCACAUCUCCUGGAGUUUACUACUAUAGCAGCGGUUACAUCGACUCUGGCAACCAGAAGACACUUCAGGGAGUGGUGACUGUUAUGCCACUGGAGGAGAGCACUGUUAGGCUUCAGGUGUUUGUGACAGGAAUAGAGGCCACUAUGAAUAUAGGAAAAAUGAACUCAUCCGACUCCACAUGUGUGGCCACUUCUGCCUGUUUCCGAGAUCAGCUGGAAUUUAAUGAGACGUCAGACAGUCUCUACUUCAGUUUUACUUCCUGUGCCAGUCCCACUGUGUACCACAUUAAGCCUGACCAUGGCACUACUCAUGACAUCAUCAAAAUCAAUGGAUCCGGCUUUAGCAGCAUUAACUGUGCAAACGAGGUCAAAGUUGGAGAUCAUCCAUGUAACGUCAUCAGCAGCACCUCCACUGAGAUCAACUGCCAGCUCAGUCCUGACAGCGGAGCACCAGUGGGCAUCCCCUUACCUGUAACUGUCCUUGUCAACAACCUUGGCACUGCCAUCCUGGCCAUGCCGAAAGAGUACGACCGCAGAUUUGUGCUUCUACCAGUGAUCGAUUUAAUCUUUCCCUUGGUGGGCAGCACUACAGGCCACACGCGUCUCUUCAUCUCUGGUUCUGGUUUCUCAAACGGUUUGAUUACAGUAGCAGGUGUUCCAUGCAACAUGGUUUUCAUGGACUACUCCCACGUAGUGUGUGAUACCUCGCCGUCUGAAGCUCGCAGGGGAGACGUUGUAGUUUACGUCAAUUCCAUCUCUUCCUCGUGCAGUUUUGAUUGUAAGUUUGAAUAUUCCGACUCUGUCUCACCAUAUGUCUCUAUGGUGCUCCCUAACUCAGUCAGUGGAAACGCCACCAAUGUUGUAAUCACCGGCAGUGGAUUUGGGAACGAUUCUGAUGAUCUAGUGGUAUCUGCAGCCAACAUCCUUCUGGAAGUCAUAGAAGUCACCGAUAGCAGUAUCAAGGCUUUAGUUGGCGCCCUUCCCGCUGGUACACACGUCCUACAGGUGGUGGUGAUGAGCAAAGGUCUCGCCACAGGAGAUGCCACCCUGACCAGCAUAGCACAAGCCAGCAUCAACCCAACAUCAGGCAGUAUUGCUGGAGGAACACCGCUCUUGAUCACAGGAAAUGGCUUUGUGGCGGGAAAUACAACGGUGAGGCUCGCUAACUCCCCCUGCAGGAUUUUAGAUGUCACUCCAGAUACGGUGAAGUGCAUGACACCUCCUCAUGCAGAGGGACAGGUGCAGGUGAACAUUAAGGUGUUUGGUGUUGUGUAUCCACUUCAACAUUUCAACUACUCCAGGGAGCAAACUCCAGACAUCACUUCCAUCAGUCCUAGAACAGGUCCGCCUGGAACAGAGAUCACCGUCUCUGGUUUUGGCUUUGACUCAGAUGCAGUGAUUGUCUCCUUAGAGAUCGAUGGCGUGCCUUGUAGCGUGUCAUCCGUCACAGAUACACAGCUGUUGUGCAAUGUUGGGGAACAUGCGGGAGGAACUUUUCCGGUUAUGUUUCACCAUCAGGUCAAAGGUCAUGCCUUGACCCAGUCUGUCUUCACCUAUGAGCUGCUGCUGACAGGGGUCACACCGAAUGAGGGAAGUUAUGCUGGAGGAGCCAUUGUUGCCAUUCAAGGUUCUGGAUUCGACCCAAAAAGCACCAAAGUCCUCAUCUGUAACAGAGAGUGUAAUAUGCACCUGCAGAACUCCACAUCUAUCCAGCUGAACUGUGAAGUCCCACCCAACAAUGGAACUGAAGCAGAGCAGGCCUGCACAGUCAUAGUGAUGAAUGGAGGCGAUGCGGUCAAUCUCACCAACAGCUACACUUACAGGUCUUCUCUGACCCCUGUUAUCACCGAUGUGACGCCACGCAGAGGGGGGACCGCUGGAGGCACCAGACUCACGAUUACCGGCUCAGGUUUCAGCUCAAAUGUCAAUGAAGUCUCUGUCACAAUUGCGGGAUCUGUCUGCAAUGUCCAGUCAGCCAGUGAGUCGCAAAUCAUCUGUGUGACCAAUGCUCAGCCCAGAUCCCAAGAAACUCAAGUGCGCGUCCAGCUGGGGAACAGAGGAAUUGCCCGAAUGGAUAAUAAUUCCUUCUUCUACAUUGACGUGUGGUCAUCUCCUUAUACAUGGGGUGGUCUCUCCCCUCCUGAGGAGGGCAUGUUUGCUGUAAUCACUGCGGGCCAGACCAUCCUCCUGGACAUCAGCACACCAGUUCUUAAGAUGCUCCUUAUCCAAGGCGGGCGACUGAUUUUUGACGAGGCAGACAUUGAGCUGCAGGCAGAGAAUAUUCUGAUCACAGAUGGUGGAGCUCUGCAGAUCGGAACAGAGCAGGUGCCCUUCCAGCACAAGGCCAUCAUCACACUGCAUGGACACCUGCGUUCUACAGAACUUCCUGUCUAUGGCACCAAGACCCUGGCUGUCAGAGAGGGAGUGUUGGAUCUGCAUGGAAUCCCUGUCUCUAUUCCAUGGACUCGCCUUUCCCAGACUACACAAAGUGGCUCUAACACGCUGACACUCAUGGAUGCCGUCACCUGGAAGGCUGGCGACGAAAUUGUCAUCGCUUCCACAGGACACAGACACAGCCAGAGAGAGAAUGAGUUGAGGAGAAUUGCCUCAGUUUCAUCUGACAGAAGGACCCUCACUCUGACCGAACCGCUGAAAUACACUCAUCUGGGUGUGUCUGUCACACUGCCUGAUGGGACAGUUUUUGAAGCGAGAGCAGAGGUGGGCCUUCUUACCAGAAACAUUGUUGUCCGUGGAUCCAACAAUGUGGAGUGGAACGAUCAGAUUGAAGCUUGCCCUGAUGGAUUCAACACAGGGGAAUUUGCUACCCAGACUUGUUUCCAGGGUAGGUUUGGAGAAGAAGUAGGAAGUGACCAGUUUGGUGGUUGCAUCAUGUUCCACGCACCACAACCAAACCAAAAUCUGGCAAUUGGCAGAAUUGAAUAUGUUGAGCUCUUCAAUGUCGGACAGGCCUUCCGCCUGGGACGCUACCCAAUCCACUGGCAUCUGAUGGGUGAUGUUAAGUUUAUGUCAUACGUGCGUGGAUGUGGCAUCCACCAGUCCUACAAUCGUGCCAUCACCAUCCACAACACCCACAACCUGCUGGUGGAGCAUAAUGUCAUCUACAAUAUCAUGGGUGGGGCCUUCUUUAUUGAGGACGGCAUUGAGACCGGCAACAUCCUGCAGUAUAACCUGGCAGUAUUUGUAAAACAGAGCACCAGUUUGCUAAAUGACGAUGUGACUCCAGCUGCAUACUGGGUCACCAACCCUAAUAACACUAUUAGACACAAUGCCGCAGCUGGUGGAACGCACUUUGGCUUCUGGUAUCGCAUGCAUGAUCAUCCCGACAGUCCUUCGUAUGACCCCAACAUCUGUCAGAAGAGAGUACCACUGGGACAGUUCUUCAACAAUACGGUACAUUCACAGGGCUGGUUUGGCUUGUGGAUCUUCCAAGAGUUUUUCCCCAUGCGCACUGGCAGCUGCAGCUCUUCAACACCAGCGCCAGCAGUUUUCCGCCGUUUCACUUCCUGGAACAACGAGAAAGGUGCAGAGUGGGUGAAUGUAGGNGCGGUUCAGUUCAGCGAGUUCCUGAUGGUCAAUAAUGAGAAGGCAGGAGUGGAGGCCAAGAGGAUCAUCUGGCAGUACGUCAGCGGAUGGGGAUUGGAUGGAGGUGCAGCUGUGGUCAACAGCACCAUGGUGGGCCACAUGGAUGAGCUGGGACUGGGGAGCCACUACUGCACCGCACGUGGUGUUGUCCUGCCCCUGGAUGAUGGUAUGAGCAUCAUCAACACCAAGUUUGUGAACUUCGACCGUCCGUCGUGUGCUGCAGUCGGGGUGACAGAAAUAGUUGGAACCUGCAUGUUCCGCUGUGGAGGCUGGAGCGCGAGAUUCAGUGGGAUCCAGUACUAUCAGUCACCCAACAAGGCCUGGUUCAGAUGGGAGCAUGAGGUGGCGCUGGUAGAUACUGAUGGGUCACUAACAGGCAAUGUUAGCUACAAGGUAGUACCAAGGAGUAAUCUGCUCGACCCAAGACGCUGCUUCCCGGGAACAGAGUGGAGUGUUGGCGUCCCUGCUGCAGUAUGUGACAACACCAUUAACUUCCACCGCAUGGUCGUCGCCAAUCCCUCACCGCCUUCACUUCAGUCUAAAGAUGUCAUUCUUACCAACUCAUAUGGGACAUGUGUGCUUCCUUUCCUUCAAAAACUUGUGACCCACACAUUUGGCUGGAUGGCAAUGUUGCCCACAGGCCAAACAUACAACUGGUACUUUGAUGGUGCUUCCCAAAUCACCAACAUCUCAUACAAUGGAAGGGUCUACGGCUUUCGGCCAGAAUAUUAUAUAAUAAUCAACCACAAACUGACCCAGAGACCUGACCGGUUCCACAUUAUAGAUGACAGGAAUGGAUCCUCCCAGUCCCUGAACCCCACUGCGAAUGUAAAUGGGGACUGGUACUUCAACCAGACAUACAAAGACCUCUAUUACAUGGUUUCUGGAAGAGACCGUGUGACUAGCCGGAGGAAGAGGAACAGUGUGGAACGCUCAGUUGUAGACAGGUGGCUGGACUUCAGAGUGUAUCAGUGUUACUAUCCCAACUGUAUCCAGCCUCUCCCUCUGCCUGAAUCUGUAGUCACUUCAUCCAACACAUCCAGUUCAUCCUUCAGACCUGCAAACUUCAUCUAUGUUCUCUGGUCAAAUACAUCAUUUUGGAGGUCAAGCUCAGUGAACAACUUCAAUGUGCCACAAGAAGGCUCUGAUGUGAUUAUUCCAGCUGGCAUUUGGAUGGUUGUGGAUGUUGUAGUCCCCUCCCUGAACAAGCUGAAAAUAGUUGGAGUUCUGGAGAUUCCAGACACAAACAAUGUCACCUCCACCAGCAGUGUUUCUCAAUAUAAUAACAUUGUUCUGAAUGCCACAUACAUAUCCAUUCAAGGUGGACGUCUGAUUGCUGGCUGGCCUAAUGAACCCUUCAGAGGUCAACUACAGAUCAUACUGAGAGGAAGCCAUUCCACACCAGACUGGCUAUUACCAUCUGGACUAAAUCAAGGGUCCAAAGUGCUGGGUGUGUUUGGAUCUCUUGACCUAUAUGGCAUGCCGCACAAUGUAUAUCACACUAAGCUUGCUAGCACAUCCCAAGCAGGAAACAGCACUAUCUCACUACAGGAAUCUGUGGACUGGAAGGUUGGGGAUAAGAUCCUGCUAUCCACCACCAGCUAUGACCCUUGGCAGACGGAAAUCCGCACCAUAACUGCGGUCUCGGAUUAUGGCCGCACACUGACUCUGGACCAGCCUUUAUCAUACACACACAUUGGGGAGAGCUACAGUGUGCCAGGUACUUCAAGAAGUUAUCAGCUUGCAGGCAAUGUGGCUUUACUGACCAGGAACAUCAAGAUCAUUGGUCAGGAGUAUCCAGAAAUGAACACACAGUCUUAUGGAGCCAGAGUUCUGGUGGGAACCUUCUUCAGCGGAGUAAUCGAUUUCAGAGGAAAAGCCCAGAUCAGAAAUGUUCAGUUCUACAACACCGGGCAGGAGGGAUGGAACGACCUGUCAGACCCACGAUACUCUCUGGUGUUUUAUAACUUGGGAAGGGUGGUUGGUGAGUCUUACAUCAAGGGAUGUGCUUUCCACAACGGCUUUGCUCCUGCUAUCGGUGUUUUCGGGACAGAUGGACUGAGUAUCGAAGACAACGUGAUCCAUCACACAGUUGGAGAAGGAAUCAGAGUCUGGGGUGACAGAAAUGUAGUCCGGAGGAACUUGGUUACAAUGACACUGUGGCCUGGAUCGUACAAUGGCAGAGCGGAAGAAUUCAACUUUGAAUGGAAUGCAGCCAUUGAGGUGAGUGAGGCAACCAAUGUGAUUCUUCAAGGGAAUAUUGUUGCUGGCUAUGAACGUGUGGGAUACCGAAUUGAUGGAGAACCAUGUCCAGGAUCUCCAAAUUCAGUAGCACAAUGGAGUCAGAAUGAGGCGCACGGCGGUCUGUAUGGCCUCUACAUGAAUAAAGAAGGACUUCCUGGUUGCUCUCAAAUCCAGGGAUUCACUGUCUGGAGGAGCUUUGAUUUUGGCAUUUAUGUUCAAAUAUCCAUGAAUGUGUUCAUUUCCAACGUGAGCCUGAUUGAUAAUGGAAUGGGAAUCAUGUCUCUAAUCUACAGUCCUCCUUCGCUCAGCCACGCAUACUCUAGCAAAACAGUCCGUGUACAGGUGAGGAAGCACUAUCUCAAGGUGAACCCUGCGGACUGUGUGGAUAUGGACUGUGAUGCUAAGAAGAAGACUAUGUUGAAGGAUCUGGAUGGCAGUUUCCUGGGUGCCAUGGGAGCAGUGGUGCCCCAGUCUGAGUACGAGUGGAACGGGGAUCCCCGGCACGGACUGGGUGAUUACCGCAUCCCUAAAGUCAUGCUCACCUCUCUCAAUGGCAGCAGAAUACCUAUGAAUCAAAUCGCUCCUUACAAAGGUGUGAUCAGAGACACUUGUACGUACAUGAGCACCUGGCAGAGCUACAAGUGCUUUGGGCUCAACUACAGGAUGCUGUGUGUGCUCGUCAUAGAAAGUCUGGAUGCAGACACAGAAACCAGGCGUCUUUCACCUGUAGCCAUCCUGGGGGACAAAUAUGUGGAUUUGAUCAACGGCCCACAAGACCACGGCUGGUGCGCUGGUUACACGUGUCAGAAGCGAGUAUCUCUAUUCCACGCCAUUGUUACCACCAAUAAGUCCUUUGACAUCUAUUUCACCAGCACAACACCACAGAAGCUGAGACUUAUGCUGCUAAAUGCUGGACUUACAGAGGUUAAUGUGGCCACUCAGGAGGUGACCCGUGAUGACCAGCAGGUGGAGACAGUCAGGACGGUAUCGUCCCUGGUGGUGGUGGUCCAGCCCGUGGUGGGAUUGUCCCCCGGGCCCCUCAGCGUGCAGCCCAGCAUCAUGGCUGUGGAUGCAGCGAGUGACUGCGUGUCUGUGGGGGUGACGACUCUGACCAUGUCAGCUGUGCUCAAAGAUGCUAAUGGGAAUCCAGCAGAGGGACUUCAUGGAAACACCACCAUCCCAUUCAGUGACUGCUGGGCCAAUUACACUGAUUUAGCCAUCUUUACAAGUGGUGAGAACUUGAAGUUGGCCUUUACUUUGAGUGAAUGGAAGGCUGAGUCCAGAUCUUUCACACUCAGAACAGCUACAACGCCAUCUUCUGUGGUCGUCACUACGGAGGAUGAUGACUUCCCCAGCAGCUUUGACUCCAGCCCAACUGUCUUGUCAGAGUCUGUGUAUCUGCUCAUGCUGUUGUGUGGUCUACUCCUACUGCUCAUGAGACCCUAAAUAAUCACAACACACAGUGCACUCUCAUAAAUAUAUUCUAUUGUCUUCUAAUGAUUUGCCUUUGUCUAUAUACUACUGUUUUCCCAUAUGAUCAUUAUCUGUAAGCUACAACUAUA